AUGGUGGACACAGGCUUAGUCAGAACGAUUAUUGGCAUUAUCGGAAAUGUCAUCUCUUUGUGCUUAUUUCUCUCCCCAAUCCCAACAUUUUAUAGAAUAGUAAAGCAAAAAGCAGUAUCAGAUUUCAAGCCGGAUCCCUACGUAGUAACGUUGCUGAAUUGUGCCUUAUGGUUCUUCUAUGGCCUGCCCUUUGUCCAUCCUGACAGCAUUCUUGUGAUAACAAUCAAUGGCAUUGGAUUUGUCAUCGAACUCGUCUACAUUUUCGUCUUCUUAAUCUUUUCUCCAGGUUCACAACGCUUGAAGGUCUUUAUUGCACUUGUGGUUGAAGUUGUCUUCUUUGUUAUUGUGGUUUUUGUUACCAUGUACGUUUUCAGUACAACUAAAGAGCGGUCUCUGGUAGUUGGGAUCAUCUGCAUUGUCUUCAACAUCCUUAUGUAUGUAUCACCAUUGACAGUCAUGGGCAUGGUGAUCAAGACAAAGAGCGUAAAGUAUAUGCCAUUGUGCCUCUCACUUGCUAACUUCUUCAAUGGAGUUAUUUGGCUGGUCUACUCACUCCUUAAACUGGAUAUCAAUAUUCUGAUUCCAAAUGGUCUGGGAACGAUUUCCGGCGCAAUGCAGCUCAUUUUGUACGCCGUCUUCUACAAAACCACUCGAUGGGAAGACGACGUUAAUGUCAGACCGCGGUCGGAGGUCCAAGUGUCCAAUGUUUAGUGAGAAACUAAUUGACAAACAACAAAUUUGUUUAUCCCACUAAGUAGGGUCGGCUGCUUAUAGAGAAACUAAUUGACAUGCAUUAAUAUUUGUUUCUUGUUUUAUUUUCUAUGGCCAACUAGUUCUUGAGCCAUUUAGUUCCUCAAAAUUUUUGCAGGUUUUUGCCUGAAUUAUAUGUCGAGUUAGUCAUUAGAUGGAU